UCCCGCUCUACUCGGCGAGAUGAUUCGAAGCGGAUUCUCGCAUCGUGAGCCCUAUUUUAGCGGCUCGUAAUGUCAAUUGCGAGGAUUGACGAUGGCUGUUUACAACGGGGAGUCGAUUACGUGGGUCGGUUGAAAAUGGGGAACGGGAUUCUUUUCGGGGGCCGAGAAUAGCAUGGGAACGGACGGAUAUCGCGUUUCGCGGACAGCUACGUACGGCGACGAGGAGAUGGACCGACGGAGGGCCCGGAGGGUAAGGCUUCGGGACGACAGCCAAAGUCCCCAAGCAAUUAUAGAACUGGAUUGGAUCGGGGAGUCCGGGAGGGUGGUCGGUGGCCCACCGUCGCCGAUCGGUUUCGUUUUAUUUUAGCUUAGCUGUCGAAGGCAUCCGUGCAUUCUCCCCGCGGAUCACCGCCACGAUCACAGUGAGUGUUGUCCCCCUUAGUAGGAAUUUCUCUGCUCGUCCGGCAGCACCGAAAUUGAUUAAACGGUCCCGCCGUAAGAUCGGUCGCGAUCUCUUAAUUCGCGAUCUCCGCGCGCGCGAUUGAUAGCAGGUGAUAUUUAUUGCAUGACGGGGUGAGACCUCGCGACGAGCAGUACCGAGCUUCUCGCUUUCACCAUUCGGCCUCCUCCUUUCCUGUCUCUGUAUUUGAGCUUCGCGAGAUUAAUCAGAGGGAUCGAUAAGGGAGAAACUGGAAACCGCGCGUCACGAUGGAGGCGAUCAAGAAGAAAAUCGCGGCGCUCAAGCUGGAGAUGGACGCCGCGAAUGAAAAGGUCGAAGUCAACGAAACUAAGGCGAAGCAGGAGGAUAUAAGGGCAGAUAGGCUGAACGAUGAUCUCAGGGACUUGCAGAAACGACUGAUCCAAUUGGAGCGCGAUUACACGGUCUCCAAGGCUAAUCUCGAGCAAUCGACCGCCGAUCUGGAACACUGCGAGAAAUCUUGGUCUAGAGCAGAGCAAGAUCGCACCGUUCUGACAAAGAGGGUGCAGGAGAUCGAGGCGAGUCUUACCAAGAAGGAGGAAUUGCGACUUAUCGCCCAACAGAAGCUGGGGCGUGCGACCGAACUCGCGGAUGAUGCGCAGAGAAUGUGCAACGUUCUGACGGAAAGAAGUCGCUUGGACGAGGAACGUAUGGAAAAGCUGAUGUCGGAGCUGAAGGACGCUCGUUUGAUCGCCGAGGACGCCGACGCAAAGUCCGACGAGAUAGCCAGAAAAUUGCAGUUCGUGGAGGAGGAGUUGGAAGCCGCGGAGGAGAGGGUGAAGACUAGCGAAGCCAAGAUUGUGGAACGCGAGGACGAGCUCUUCAUCGUGCAAAAUAUCGUCAAGUCUCUGGAAGUAUCCGAAGAGAAGGCGAACCAACGAGUAGAGGACUUCAAGUUGCAGCUGAAAUCCCUGAAGAAGAAGCUGAAGGAGGCGGAGAAGCGGGCGGUCGCCGCGGAGAGAAAAGUCAAGACGUUGCUGAAGGAGGUGGACAUGAAGGAAGACGAGCUCAGAGAGGAGAAGGAAAAGUACAAGGCGGUCUGCGACGACAUGGACGCGACGUUCGCCGAGAUGACAGGAUACUAGCAGUCCCAUGGAGAAGCAGGCUCACGUUGUUUCGCUCUCGUUAUGCUCCCACGCUUCUCUCCGCUUGUUCGUGAACGUGUAACGUUCGUUAACGCGCUUAGAUGCUGCGAGUGGUUCUGCCGUGCGAAGUGCCAUGAGCGACGUUCGAAAUAAUCCGCUUCGCGCAAUAAUCCAUUGAUGGACAAGGCAUGCAAUACCGCUUGCUAUUAAAACUGCUUCGCUUCGUGCAACAGCUUGCCAAGAUCGACGGGCAACUGGUUCACGGUCGCUCGUGGUUCGCUAUGUCGAUCGAAGAUUCACCGUUUCGUCUAUCUUCUUUUCUUUCAGAGGCGUUGGACGGACUUGCUGACAUCCGCUAUGCGCGCAUAAGAUCACGAUACCGCGCGCCCUUUUUAUCAUUCUAUGUAAGAUGCGUAUUUUCAAUAAACGGUACCACGAAUUCUC